AUGAAUUACGGCAAGAAGGAUGAGGAUGCCGACGCCGGCCUGGUGAAGGUCGACCGUACCCAGGUCUUUCAAGAAGCACGAUUAUUCAACAGCUCCCCGAUCCAGCCUCGACGAUGCCGAAUCCUCCUUACCAAGAUUGCCCUAUUGCUCUACACGGGCGAUAAAUUCCCUACGAAUGAAGCUACCACCCUGUUCUUCGGCAUCUCGAAGCUGUUCCAGAACAAAGAUGCCAGCUUGCGCCAGAUGGUCCACCUUGUUAUCAAGGAGCUCGCCAGCUCCGCCGAGGACAUCAUCAUGGUGACCAGCACAAUCAUGAAGGAUACUGGUGGCAGUACCGACAUAAUAUUCCGACCCAAUGCUAUCCGGGCUUUGUGCCGUAUUAUUGAUGCGACGACUGUCCAGUCCAUUGAGCGAGUAAUGAAGACUGCGAUUGUCGACAAGAACCCAUCGGUCUCAUCAGCUGCCCUCGUGUCCUCCUAUCACCUACUUCCAAUUGCAAGAGAUGUCGUUAGGCGGUGGCAGAGCGAAACGCAAGAGGCGGCUGCCAGCACCAAGUCAUCUGGUGGCUUCUCCCUUGGUUUCUCCUCCUCGUCCGGCCAGCUACCGGUCAACAACUCCACAAUGACUCAAUACCACGCUAUUGGCUUGUUAUAUCAAAUGCGAAUGCACGACAGGAUGGCUCUAGUUAAGAUGGUCCAGCAGUUCGGCGCAGCCGGCGCAGUCAAGAGCCCUGCCGCCAUUGUGCUGCUUGUCAGGCUCGCUGCCCAACUCGCCGAGGAGGAUGCACAGCUCAGGAAACCUAUGAUGCAACUGCUCGAUGGCUGGCUGAGACAUAAGAGCGAGAUGGUGAACUUUGAGGCAGCCAAGGCAAUCUGCGACAUGAGAGAUGUCACAGAUGCGGAGGUUGCCCAGGCAGUUCAUGUUCUUCAGCUAUUCCUCACCUCUCCUCGAGCCGUCACCAAAUUCGCCGCUCUCCGUAUCCUCCACAACUUCGCUUCCUUCAAGCCGCAAGCCGUCAAUGUCUGCAACCCCGACAUUGAGCUACUUAUUUCCAACAGCAAUAGAUCCAUUGCCACUUUUGCGAUUACCACUCUUUUGAAGACUGGCAAUGAGGCCAGUGUCGAUCGAUUGAUGAAGCAGAUCUCGGGCUUUAUGUCCGAGAUCACUGACGAGUUCAAGAUCACAAUUGUUGAGGCGAUUCGCACACUAUGCUUGAAGUUCCCUAGCAAGCAAGCUGGGAUGCUCCAGUUCCUUAGUGGAAUCUUGCGGGAUGAGGGUGGAUAUGAGUUCAAGCGUGCUGUUGUGGAGAGCAUGUUCGAUCUCAUCAAGUUUGUGCCGGACUCUAAGGAGGAUGCUCUGGCUCAUCUGUGCGAGUUCAUUGAGGACUGCGAGUUCACCAAACUGGCUGUCAGGAUAUUGCACCUUCUUGGACUUGAAGGACCAAAGACUUCACAGCCCACAAAGUACAUCCGCUACAUCUACAAUCGAGUUGUCCUAGAAAACGCAAUCGUCCGAGCUGCCGCUGUCACAGCACUGGCUAAGUUUGGAGUUGGGCAGAAGGAUCCAGAGGUCAAGAGAAGCGUGGAAGUGCUCCUUACUCGAUGCCUUGACGACGUAGAUGACGAGGUCCGGGAUCGUGCAGCUCUCAACCUCAGACUCAUGAACGAGACUGACGACAUGGCGGAGCGAUUCGUCAAGAAUGACAGCAUGUUUUCUCUGUCUUAUUUCGAGCAUCAGCUUGUCAUGUAUGUCACUUCCGACGACAAGUCGACCUUCGAUUCUGCCUUCGACAUCUCCAAGAUCCCUGUCGUCACACGGGAGCAGGCCGAUGCCGAGGACAGGACGAAGAAGCUCACCGCCACUACCCCUUCCCUCAAACCUCCCAAGGUUGCACCAAGCAAGGCUGCGGGCACUGGAGCAGAUCCUACUGCUUCGGCUUCGGCUAUUGCCCAGAAGUACGCUCAAGAACUGAUGCAGAUUCCCGAGAUGAAGGAGUUUGGCACCGUGCUCAAGUCAGCGACUGUUGUUGAGCUCACUGAGGCCGAGACCGAGUACGUUGUCAGGGUUGUCAAGCACAUCUUCAAGGAGCAUGUGGUUCUACAAUACGAGAUUACGAACACUCUUGACUCUGUUCUUCUUGAGAACGUGUCUGUUGUAGCAACACCGGCAGAUGAGGAAGACCUCGAGGAAGUAUUCAUCAUUCCAGCGGAAAAGCUUUCACAGAACGAGCCUGGAAAGGUUUACGUCGCCUUCAAGAAGAUCAAUGGCGAGGCUUCACUACCUAUUACCACGUUCUCCAAUACCCUCAAGUUCACCAGCAAGGAGAUUGAUCCUACUACCAACGAGCCUGAGGACACUGGAUACGAUGAUGAGUACGAGGUUGCUGAGUUCGACUUGGCUGGCAGCGACUAUGUCAUCCCGACAUUUGCUGGCAACUUUGCACACAUCUGGGAGCAGGUCGGCGCCGCUGGAGAAGAAGCAGAGGAGACAUUGCAGCUGAGCGGCAUGAAGAGCAUAGCAGAUGCCACGGAACAACUAGCCAAGACGUUGUCUCUGCAGCCGCUGGAGGGCACCGACGUCCCUGUCAAUCAAACAACGCACACACUCAAGCUCCUCGGCAAGACCGUCAACGGCGGCAGAGUGGUUGCGAAUAUCAGGAUGGCAUACUCGUCGAAGUCUGGAGUUACCACCAAGGUUACGGUGCGAGCAGAGGAGGAGAAUGUGGCUGCCCUGGUUGUGGCAUCAAUUGCGUAA